AUGCUGGGCACUGUCUUCGCCUCGGCCUUUGCCUUCGAGAUGGUCUACGACACCGGCAUGAACAAGGUCUGGGACAGCAUCAACCGCGGCGUACGUCCUCUGCAGUACCUUCCUGAUCUCCAAGCAUCCGAUACUAACGAGCAGCAGCGGCAAUGGAAGGACAUCCGCGCCAAGUAUGUCGAGGCCGAGGAAUAA